UUCGUUUCCCUCACUACUGAAUAAUUGACUUGUUGCAUAUGGAACACUAUAGUAGAACUGUCAUUUCAUCUACUGCUUCUUGCCUGUUUAUGAACGUCUAUAUACAGUGAAGAUUUAAAAUUUUCCUUCAUCCUUUUAGUUAUUUCAUGCCACAUUUUAGUUUUUGAAGAGGAGAACAUGAGGAAAAUUCAUUAAUUUUAAUCUUCACGAUGAGCUAGGGUAUCAAGGGACCUGACUUGUCACGUACUACCAGGCAUCCUUCGAAGUGUGAUGAGCACUUAGCAUUAUUAUCUCAUCAUCAUCGUCAUCACUAUAUAAUAUUUGGCUAAUUUCUUCAGCGCUGCCUAGUGGCUAGCCCGCCUGGCUGGUGUUUGAUUAUGUAUACGCUCAUUUUGGGGAUCAUCGAUCCUUGAUGUGCAGUGAUUCACGCCUGCUUAGAUUAAAGCUGAAUCUAAUGAGAUAUAACCGGAUAUUGCAUGUAUGCCGACGUGUCGUCUUCUGUUUUACCCACUUCAGGUUUCCCCCUGUGUUCUUGUAUGCUCUCCCCCCACACACAUUUUCCAAGUCGCUGUGCUCAUGUCGCGUGAUCAAACCAACAUGCAACAGUACUCGGCUCCUCUGUUCUUUCUCUUUUCUCCCCUCGUCACCGCUCUCUCCUCAACCCCUAUUUCCAGCAGACUGGAUUCCUUGCUAUGCAUUCAACCAUUCAACAAUCGGCAAUCAGGAGGCAUCCGUCAUGGAACUCCCAAAAUGAUUGGAAUUGAUUUGGAAUCGUGAGCGCUUUGAGGAUGGAUAUGCCGUUUGAAUCAUCACUUCUUAAUCGUGGGCUAUUAUUCUUGAGAGAACUACGACGUGAAAGAUAUUGUUUUAUGGUGAGGAGAGACCGGACGGAAUUAAUUUUGUUAGAUCAAAGUUAUGGAUUGACAUAGGAGACGAAUCGUUCUUCCAGCGACGGAAUAUCGGAGACAGUUUGUUUCUCAUACUAAACUUGAGUCAUGGUCACUAAAUAUUGUGCAAACAUUCAUUCCGUUAGAGGAAAUUUAUGAAACGGGCUAAAUUAAUUAAUAAUCGCUUAUAGUGGACUAAGUUUGCUUUUACCGCAAUAGGACGGUUAUGUGCUUGGUCAUUCAUUGCAAAGUUGUUUACCCUGGUCAGUUAUUGAUCUGUUAUUGAGUGGACAAAGGUAUUACAACACAAUAACAGAUGUGAAAUCAAUGCUAUCAUCAGGACUUUCGUGUAAACACCCAAGUGUUCUCUUAUAUACCACCUUUUAACACCCCAUUCCAGUUUUGCCCUUCAUUGGGCAUGGAAGCAAUACUUCGUCAUCUCCAUAUAUGAAGGCAACCAUAAAUACUCACGAUGAUCUCUGCUGACUUUUAUCAUCCCUCGUGAUUGAUGCUCCAAACACAUUGGAGCGAGAACUAAGAAAAAUAAGUAUUUGACAUUGUAAACCAGCUAUAGGAGCUACCGCCUCAAUGGUGCCACGGACAACAGACUUUGACUAUGGUGCCUCCUGCUCUCAAUGUGUUUCAUGCUAUGGAGAAAAGCUCAAUGGAGCUAUUAUGUCAUAAAAACUAUUAUAUCUUGUGGAAAUGUUCGCUCUUUUGUGAGAGAAUAAUGCUCAAGUUCGUCAUCAGCAAGCCUGCACCUUUCAAACACUCCUUGAAGCUUGAGAACAUCCCUAAUGGGUCCAUCAGCAAGAAGCUACCGCCUCAACCCACCACACCAAACAGUGACAUCCAGACCCCAGAGUCUACCACCAAGAGCAGCCUCGCCUCCAACCGCUCCAAGAGCCCCACCUCCAGUGCAGAACUGUCCAAGACAAACUCAUCCAAUCAAUCACCCUCAGAAUCCAACUACAAUGGCAACAACAAUGCAGAGAUUGCCGAUGUGGAUGACAUCGUCCACAGGCAAGAGGAGCCAUCCUCCAGGACGUUGGAUGUCCAGAGGCCAUCGCCAUUUGAUAGACUCACGGAUAGCGUCAUCACGCAUAUGUUCUCGUACCUAUCCACAAAACAAUUAUGCCGCUGCUCUUGCGUGAGCAGAAGAUGGCAUAGGUUGGCAUGGCAGCCUAUGCUGUGGACUACAAUACAGCUCUCUGGGAGGAGGCUGGAUGUUAAUUUCGCGUUGAGGGUGCUUGUGAAGCGGUUAUCGCGAGAAACACCGUACCUUUGCCUGUCGGUGGUAAAACUCGUCUUAAACGGGUGCCAUAGAUUGUCUGACAAGACCCUGGAACUCAUUGCUCAUAGGUGUCCAGAGCUUCUUCAUGUUGAGCUGAUGGGAUGUCACCAGAUCAGUAAUGCUGCCAUCUUUCAGAUCGUCUCCAGGUGCCCCAACUUGGAUUACCUGGACAUCUCUGGAUGUAAGCAAGUUGACUGCAUGAACCUCCCGGUGGAACCUGCCACUUCAGAUCCCAAAGACUUCCUGAAGCAACGGAUCAACCUUCGACAUCUGGACAUGUCCGACUGCUCUCUUCUCGAUGACAAUGGCCUCCGAACGAUAGCCACCAACUGUCCGACCCUGGUCAACCUUUACCUUCGGAGGUGCAUCGGGGUGACCGAUAUCGGUGUGCAAUAUGUAACAACGCAGUGUCUUAUGCUGAAAGAAGUCUCGCUCAGCGACUGUCCACGAGUCACAGACUGCGCCAUGCGGGAACUUGCCAAGCUGGAAUACCACCUCAGGUACCUCAGUGUGGCCAAAUGUGAACUCGUUACAGACAUGGGCGUGUACGCCAUCGCAAAACACUGCUACAAACUACGUUACCUUAAUGUCAGGGGAUGCGUCCUGGUGUCAGACAAAUCCCUGGAGGCCCUCUCAAGAGGAUGCUCAAGACUCAGAUCGCUGGAUGCUGGCAAGUGUCCGCUGAUCACGGAUCAAGGCUUGGUGUCCAUAGCAACAAACUGUCAGAGCUUAAGGAAGCUAAGUCUGAAAGGCUGCUUACAUGUGACUGAUCAGGUGAUUGAGGUCUUAGCGCAAGUCUGUCCUGAUCUUCAGCAGCUUAAUAUUCAAGAUUGUGACGAGGUAUCCAGAGAGGCCUAUAGACUCCUCAAACGAUGCUGUCGGAAGUGUAUCAUAGAGCACACCAAUCCAGCUUUCUACUGAGUACCUUGCUAUCUUCCUUCUCAUAUUUUUUGGCAACUACUUUUAACUAUAUUUAUCCCACCAGUUUUCAUAUGUUCUGUACUAAGAUAUUUAGAAGGGUUGUUUCUCUUCUUGUAUGUUGUAACAGUACCAUUCAUUUCUCACUGUAUAAUUUAAUAAGCUUUAAAAGGUAGCCUUGAAAUAUUUAGAAAUACACUCAAUAAGCUGUGAUAAAUUAUGAAAAUAGAAUUAUUUUCUCAGAAGUGAUUGUUUGAAUUAAAGAGAAGUGAGACAAGUUAUUGAUGAAGUCUGUAAUGAUGUUGGGUGAUUACAAGAUUCAGUGUUGGCGUUAGUUUCGCAGUUGACGUUAAGAGGUCAUGUCAAGUUUGGUGUUUUUGUUACUCCAACACCCAAUUAGACUUUCAACACUGAACUUGACAUGAAAUUCUGGUUUAAUAUGACGAUUUAUCCCUACCGGUCAUGUUAAAAACUCAACGCUAGCAACUGUAAUCAUAACAUCAGUCUCAUCUCAAGUUUGGUGUUAUGACUGGUGUUUAUGUUGCUCCAGCUUUAUACACCAAACUUGAACUAAUAAUUUUAACACAUCUUGUGACUUUAAUUCCUACACUUGUUUCAAGUCAAGUUGUUAUUGUGGUUGGUGUUUAUAUGUUGCCUUAACACAAACUCCUGUUUUCAACACUGACCUUGAAAAUAGUCCCUCAUGACUUUGUUAACCCAACAUGAAUAAGCCAUAUUUUUAGACAAAUUCUACAAUAAAUAAGUUUUCAGGAUGAACAUGACAUAAAA